CGCGACUCAACUGCCCACCACCCGCAUCGCCCGCCCAUCCUCACUCCUUUAUAACAGCCCUUCCCUCCCACCUUCCAUCAUCGCUUCCUUCUCUCUUUUCAUCCAUCGUCAACCCAAGUUUCCAUCGCGCAUUUGCACACAGCAUCCCAUCACAACUUCAUUUCACAAACGCUUUCCAACUUUCAAUCCCAAUCCCAUCCACUCAAUCAAAAUGACUGGCGGAAAAUCUGGUGGCAAAGCCUCUGGCUCCAAGAGCGCUCAAUCCCGAUCCUCAAAGGCGGGUCUUGCAUUCCCUGUCGGCCGUGUCCACCGUCUCUUGCGAAAGGGCAACUAUGCUCAGCGUGUCGGGGCUGGUGCUCCCGUCUACCUUGCCGCUGUGCUUGAAUACCUUGCCGCUGAAAUCCUCGAACUUGCCGGCAACGCCGCCCGUGACAACAAGAAGACCCGUAUCAUCCCUCGUCAUCUCCAACUGGCCAUCCGAAACGAUGAGGAGUUGAACAAGCUGCUUGGACACGUUACAAUCGCCCAGGGUGGUGUUUUGCCCAACAUUCACCAGAACUUGCUGCCAAAGAAGACUGCCAAGGGCAAGAACCCCAGCCAAGAGCUGUAAGCUCAUUCUGCAAAUUCUUUCUGGACUGGGUUUUGAAAGGGAGUUUCACGACAAAUGCGAUCACAACGUGGGGUUUCAGGGGUUGGGCUGGCCAGGUUUCACAGGCCUUGUUUUCAGAGUUUGUGCUUUAUCAUCGGACGGCAGGGUUGUGUACAUUAUGCUCAUGGCAUGCCUACUAUCAUCACGAACAUGGAUAGGAAUGCAAGACGGGGCAUGAGACAUGCAAACGGCAAAGCGAACGGCUUUGCAAAUGGUCAUUAGACAGCAAAUUUAAUGAUCGAAACUCAUGGCAAUUCACAAACUUGUUCUUUUGACUGCUCUUCUGCCUUCGGACAACUUGCAAGAAACCAAAGUAAUGAUUUCAGAGUCGAUGAGGCAUGAUUAAGAAGACGAGCUGAUACGCGGAUUUGACACAGGAGAGGCAAUGUAAACAAAAUGCUGGGCUCAAAACGCGUGUGGAUGAUGUCCGCAACCAGAUGGGGCGAUAUGGAAAUCAAUUCUGACAAGAAAUGGGAGCGCGAGCAGCU